UAUAACUUGACCCGUGACGGCUGGUCUUGACUGCAAUGGUUGGCGGGUCGGUUGGGUCUCGAAGUGAAUGUGGGACUGGGACUGUUGACAGUGGGCAGUCUGCAGUAGACAACCGUGGAGUAAACACCUAGACUCGUCUUGCAGCCAACAACACCAAAUCAUUUGCAAUGGCAAAGAGCGGAAUGCUGUGUUUGGCACUGGUGCUUUGCGCCGUCCUGGCAACGUCGGAGGCUCUGAAGUGUUUCCACUGCAACAAUUGCGGGGACGAUGCAGGCACACCCUACGAUUGCAGCGACAACAAUGACGUUUGCUUGAAAAUCACCUUAGCUGGAAGAGUACAGAAGUCUUGUGCCCAGAAGGCAGCUUGUGGUCUUGGGGCCGUUGAACGAGGUGUGGUCAAUGCAUGGAACAACCUCAAGAAUCUUCUGAGUGAUGUGGAUCAGGAUGUCGUAGAUAUCCCAGAUGACGCCCAGGCAAAAAUCGUAGCGUGCUGUGAAAGCGACUUGUGUAAUGCCGCACCCGGCAAGAUGGCCAAUCCGGUCAUCCUUAUUCUUUUGCCUCUCCUUGCUUGUAUUUUCCGCCAAUAAGGACUGCGAUGUUGUUUGCAGUUAUCCUGGUAGUGAUAUUUCAUUGAUUUUUCAGAAGCCACAGACGCGCAGCUCAUCUACUGCUGCGACAGGAGUUACUGUAAUGGUGCCCCAUCAAGAACUUUCAGUCCUCUUCUCGUCGUCCUGACUCUUCUGCAUGUAAUACACGCAUGAAGUGAUUUUUUUUUUAUUUUUCACAGGUAGUUCCCUUGUUUAGGAGUUUAAAACUAUAUUUAUUAAUAAUCAAAUAAAACAGUUACUUUGAAAGGCCUACAAAUUCAAAUUCAUGCCAUAUUGGGAUUUUUUGUUGCUGUAAAUGAAUGUUUUGAUUUACCAUUUACUAGAGAGGAAAACUGGUCAUUUCAAAAUAGGUUAGAGAUAACUGAGAAUAUGCUUUUCAAAAUGGAAUAUUUUGAGUCUAGAAAUUCUUUCAAAUUGUAUUGUUGGCUGAAAGUGGGCAUCACAUAUUGCUAGUUUCCAUUCACUUUUGUAAUUUAAUACAUGUUCAAGAGAUGUACACAUAGCAAGGGAAGUGAUGCCCUGUGGUGGAGUUAAGAUGCCUUAAAUGCAGACAUUAGAGUGCUACAAUUAACUUGAGACUAACCUUUCCUAACUCUGAUUCAUUUGAAAUCCUGCUGUGAUGUAAAGAUGGAUUUUCAACAUAUUAGAGGUAAAGAUUUAGAUAGGGACUAUCCCAAGUAAGGAGAGGGUGAACUAAUGUUAGUUUAUAAUGCUAGAACAUGCAGCAGUACUAUAAUUUCAGUAAUUUGUGUAUGUUUCGUAGGAUUUCUCCUGUUUAAUCACAUUGAGCUUUGUAAGAAUCAAUGCAAGAUUUACAGCUUUACAUGUCAUAGAAUUUUCAUGGUUGUAUAUUAUGGCAGUAUGCAUUGAAAUGUUACUGCACUAGUAUUUCUUUUUUCUUUUUGUGCUCAUAUGAUUUCUAAACACUCACAUGAACAGAAACAAUGCCCUUAGGAGACCUCAAGUCAGUUGAUUUUGAUUCCAAACAUAUCAAGUGUAUUGUUUAUCAUUUGUGUAUAUUUGAAGUCUAGAAGGGGUGAAGUGCAGUAUGAUACUUAAUGUUUAAUAUCCACUUUUAUUUUUAUAUACCUGUAGGCUAUAUUCAUUACCGUUCAAAAAGUACUUGUAUACAAAAGUAUCCAAGAUCUAUUACAUAGCAGAAAUUUGUGAAGCACUGUAUUUUUUACCUCUGGAUAAAUAAUAUUCAAUUA